AUGGAGACUACCAACGAAAUCCCCACAGGAGGAGAGAGACCGCGCGCGGAGGUCAUGACCCAUGUCACGAGCCCCAGAGAGAUGAUGUACAGGGUUGCAGAAAAGGAUGUAGUGGUUCCGGACGUGCAGAUGCGGGGGAACAUGCAUGGAUGCAUAAAAGAACCAGCCAAGGACACUGGGCUUUUAGUUGGGGAGCUUAUCGCGGGGAGGAGGAUUCUCAUUGGCAACGAUGGAGUCACACACUCUCUCCGGGUUGUGGCAGUUGUUGUCAUUGUCUCUUGUGGUGUGGAUUCAUUGUGGGAUUGUGGACUAGACGGUGACAGAGUUAAAAGUGUAAGUGCGGGGGGGAAUGAUGAUUGCUGCAUCAGUUCAGUUGAGUUCAGGAACUGGAACUAA